AUGCCAGAAGACGCGGAAGAAGAAGGUAACGGGAGAGAGGGAGAGAGGGAGAGAGGGAGAGAGGAAGCGCUCAAGGAAGAGGGAUCAACGUCGCUGUUUACCGGCAUGAAGCCGUCGAACUGGACGGCCUGGACCAUCUUCCCCAGCCGCAGCGCAUCCUUCACUAUGGCGCUCUUGCAGGACUUGCAGGACGCCCUCGACGACUUCGCGUACUCCGCCUUCCAUGGCUUCGCCGGCGUCCCCAUCUCCCCUCCCCCACUCCGAGAGCUCCUCCCUCUCCACUCCCAAACUCUGGAACGUUCGCUCCUUUCCCGCUCAGUGAGAAGAAAUACGCUGGGGGCAAUUACGUGGCGCAAAUAA